CUUAGACUCAUGAGGCCAUGGCUGCACAACAAUUGGAUAUAUUCAUGGACGACAAGAGGUAAAGAACAAAAGAAGAUUCUGAAAAUACUCCAUGAAUUUACUGAACGGAUUAUUACGGAGAGGAAACUUUAUCAUGAACGCACUAAUGGUCGAUUUUUAAAAAACUUUGAUAAUGACACAUCG